GGCUUCAAGGAUGUGAUGCAACAGACCACCAAGUGGAAAAUUUUGCGGGGGGACAAGGUCAUGUUGACGGCGGGCAAGGAUGCGGGCCAAGUGGGCACCGUGCUCAAGGUCAUUCGCGACCCCAAGUUCCCACGCGUGGUGGUGGAGGGCCUGAACCUGAACAAGCGGUGCAUCAAGCGCAGCAAGGACAACCCCGGCGGCAUCGUGAGCGUGGAGUCGCCGCUGCACUACUCCAACGUGUCGCUGGUGGACCCGCUGACGGGCAGCGCGGCGCGCGCCAGCUGGCGGUUCCUGGAGGACGGCACCAAGGUGCGCGUCACGCGCGGCCGCCUCGCCUCCGCCUCCAUCGUGCCCCGCCCCGACGUGCUCAAGCAGCGGGGCAAGCCGCGCAGCUCGUCGGCGGGGCCGGCAGAUACCAGGAGGAGCGAUGCGGAGGAGGCGACGCAC